GGUCUCUACGGGGAGGGAGGCGUGGAUAAGUAGGUGGCAGGAGGAGCAUUCUCAUUUGUUCUUGUGAAGCGGGCUUUGUGAAUUUAUCACAUGUACUCUAUGCAUAACCAAUCGGGCUUUACUACGCCGUUCUUUUGGGGGGGCUGAUCAUGCUUAUCUACGAAGAACAAUCCUCACAAGAGACAAGUUCACAACGUUAUCGAGGUAAACCUUAUUUUUCCUACGGCGAUUAGCUUGAUAAGGUUCUGGUUAAGGGUGCAAUUCGGCGUCUACUCGUACCUUAUCUUAUGAAUGAUCCGGAGAGUGUAAUAGAGAAUGGCACACUAGAUGGGAUUUGGAGCGCAGAGCACGGGUACCGAGGUUGCGGGGCGGUAUAGAGGGGUUAUUUGAGGGAGAACUUGUGAGUUGGUUUGCGUUACUUUCCCUGUUCCUUUUUUUGGAUUGUGUAGAUGUCGGUUUUAUUUUAUAUUUACUCUUGUCUGUCUUUUUCUUGUUUUGGCUUUUAAUUAUGAUAUAUCUUGUGGCUGGGCUUGAGCAAGCGCUGAGUGUUUGGUUGAUCAUGAUGUUGGUAGGUGGUUGGGAGGGGUGAGGGGUAAUGGUAUCCUGGCGAAUUCAAAAUUGUGUUUUGUUGGGUAUGAGUAGAGCUGCAGGUGUUUUAUAUUGCCGUUUUAUCUUUUGACGAUAUUGGAAAGCUUUCUUGGCUUUGGCUGAGCGUUUAGCUUUCGUUAUACCAACAUUGUUUGCGCCUAUCGUUUCCAUAUUGUUCUUCCUUGUAAUCAAUUUAUAUAUUUUGCGGGAUUUUAUAAGGCCUCAUUUUAACUUGAACGAAGCUAGUGCUAAGCGAUAAGGGUGAAUGAGUAAUGGACGCAGUGAUCCAGCUCCAAAGUGAAGUGCAUGUUCUUUGGAUGAACAUGUUCUUUGUUGAAUUUGACUUACUCAAACUUACUCAUAUGACCUAGAUAUGAGGGGUUAUUUACCUUGGCGAAUUCAAGUGAAUUGGAGAUACAGUAUCAAAAUAGAGGAUAAACGAGAGUCAUUCACCUCAGAGCUAGUAUGAUAACAAGAAGUCUUGGCUUGCUGCUUUGAACUUGCUGCUUUAACUUUCAACCCCCCUCUCUUGUUUAUCUUCACCUAUUUGUUGUAACUAAUUGCACUAGUUCUCAUCACUGGGGUAUCUCCACUCUCACUUGGUGCACAACUCGCUACGGUCUUAGCUGCGCAUUCACCAGCACUCCUGAUUCUCGCUUCACGUACAAUCACCAAGAUAGAAGCAGUUGCAGCCAGAAUCUCAGCAGUACAUCCAAACGUUAAAAUAGUUUGCGUCCAAGUUGAUUUCUCCUCAUUCCCUAGUAUACGAAAAGCAGUCAAAGAGAUUGAAGAAGUCUUAAAAAGGGAAAACCAGGGUAUUCAUGUUCUAUUCAACAAUGCGGGUAUCAACAUCUCAAAAAGACAUCUCGCCUCUGAAGGCGGGAAUAUGGAGUUGCAAUUCGCAACAAACCAUCUCGGUCCUUUCCUCUUUACUAAUCUUCUGAUUCCAUAUCUUAUGCCCUCUGGAACUUCAGGCUACCAAAGUAGAAUCAUUAAUACCUGUUCCGAAGCCCAUCGGCUCUCUCCAAUUCGGUUUUCAGAUUUGAAUCAGGAACCCGAAACGGUUAUUCCUGAGGAGGAAGAGCCGAGAAAGGGGUUACCGGUGGGUAUUCUGAGGCGUGAUGGGAGGUAUGAACCUAUGAUUGCUUAUGGGAUGAGUAAAUGUGCGAAUUUGUUGAUGGUUGUUGGGCUGAGGGAGAAAUUGGAUGGGAGAGGGUUUGAGGUUUGGACGGUUAAUCCUGGAAGUAUGGCUCCUUUUUCCUCGAUCGCUCUUAUAAUUUUGAGAUAUUGUACUGAUAGGCUAUAUAAUAGACAUUAUGACGGAUCUUCCUCGUGGUAUUGAUAAACAGGCAAAGGCAAACUUGAAGAAUAUCAAGGAUUGGAAGACCCAUGAUCAAGGGGUUGCGACGUUGUUGUUUGCGGCUCUUUGUCCAUUUUUGAAACGUAAGUGUUACCCCCAUGAUUGAAUCAAUGCGUGAAGUCCAGUCAGAUCUGAAAUCUGAUAUAUUAUACUUUAGAUGAUAUGGGCAUAUAUCUUGAUGAUUGCACCAUCAAGAACCCUUCGAGGUGGGCAGUAGAUAAAGGGGCUGCCGAGAAAUUGUGGAAACUAAGCGAGGAGGUUGUUGGCCUUGAAAAAGUUGGUAGCAGACUGUGAAAUUGACUUGCAUGAGAUUUAGUUUGCGUAGUUGAUCAACA